CAGCGCAGGGCCUACGCCCACCCUCGUGCCCAGUGUGCUCCUUGCAACAUCCCUUGGAACAUCUUAAAAGAUUUCUGUGGUUCCAUCUCCUUUGUGCCAGUCAUCCCAAACAGCCUGCAGCACUGCAGAUUGCAAGAUGAGGUCAAGCUUGCUGUUUCUACAAUGUCUCCUCACCCUGCUGCUCCUGACCCAGCUGAGGCUGUCUCGCUGCCAACACGGGUCCGAGGAGCCCUGCUCCCUCCAAAUUGUAGUCCCUGGACUUAAAGGGGAGACGGGAGAAAAGGGAGAGAAAGGAGCCCCCGGAAGGCCAGGAAGAGUCGGGCCUCCUGGAGAGAUGGGGCACCCUGGAGUAAAAGGAGAGAAAGGUCUCAUGGGACGUCAUGGGAAAGCAGGCCCAGCUGGCUCCAAAGGGUUAAAGGGGGAUGUGGGAGAUCCUGGAUCACGAGGACCAAAUGGAGCACCAGGGGUUCCUUGUGAGUGUGCCCCCCUCAGGAAGAUGAUCGGGGAAAUGGACAUCCUUGUGUCGCAGCUCAGCACCGAGCUGAAGUUCAUUAAAAGUGCACUGCCCUCCCCCGCAGCUGUCGCUGGCGUCAAGGAGACUGACAGCAAGGUGUACCUACUGGUCAAGGAGGAGAAGCGGUACGUGGACGCCGAGGUCUACUGCCAGGGCAGGGGAGGGCAUCUUGCCAUGCCCAAGGAUGACGCCGCCAACGGGGCCAUCGCCUCCUACGUCACCCAGGCGGGCCUCACCAGGGUCUUCAUUGGCAUCAACGAUGUAGAGCGAGAGGGCCACUUCGCCUACGUGGAUCGAUCCCCCAUGAGCACCUUCAACAAGUGGAGGGAAGGGGAGCCCAACAACGCCUAUGAGGACGAGGACUGUGCCGAGAUGGUGUCCGCGGGCGGCUGGAAUGACGUGGCCUGUCAUCUCACCAUGUACUUCAUCUGCGAGUUUGACAAAGAUGGUGCCUGAGGCCGUCGAACCAGGGACCACAGAGGCCAUUUUGCCGUUUUUCCUUUACAUAAUGAACAUGACAAGCAGGCGUGAAGAAGCCUUACUUCAUUUUUUACAGUAUGAAACACUGCGGAGGGGAAGCAGACCUGUGUUGUAC